AUGUUAGGCUACCCGGUAUGGGAGGCAUUUCACGUGUCUUGGGCUGAGUCGGUCGGAAGAAGCAAAGUUGCAUUUACCACCGUCGCUGUUCGCAAAGUCGAGGUCGUAAUCACUUCUUCUCCCCGUUCUUCUAUUGCAGCGACAUCACCGGGCCACCGCCCUUCCACUGUUGAAGUUGGGAAUCACCAAGCUGACGUCGCCAUUGUUCCCGUUGCUACUAACGAUGAUGAACCUCAUACUCUCCUCAUUUUUCUCUAUAUGACUACGUCACCGCUGGUGUCUGGAGGUCUCUCAACACCACUGACGCCCUACGUCCGCCGCAUGUUGCCAUGA